AUGGGGGUCGUUGAAAAGAUGAAAGAGAUCGAGCAGGAAAUGGCCCGCACUCAGAAGAACAAGGCGACCGAGUACCAUAUUGGUUUGCUUCGUGCAAAGCUGGCGAAACUGCGUAUGCAGCUUCUCGAACCCGACAAAAAGAACUCCAAGCCUGGUGAGGGCUUUGACGUGAUGAAGUCUGGCAAUGCGCGCGUCGUGCUCAUCGGCUUUCCGUCCGUAGGCAAGUCAACGCUGCUGUCUACCAUUACAGAAACGGAGAGUGCGACCGCAGCGUACGAAUAUACGACACUUACCGCCAUCCCGGGUGUCCUGGAAUAUGAAGGUGCUCGAAUCCAGCUUCUGGACUUACCCGGUAUCAUUGAGGGUGCUGCACAAGGCCGUGGUCGCGGCCGUCAGGUAGUGAGCGUGGCAAAAACGGCGGAUCUGGUACUGAUGAUGUUGGACGCGACGAAGCCUGCGCAGCAGCGGCAGCUGCUUGAGAAGGAACUGGAGGACGUGGGCGUGCGCUUGAACCAACAGAAACCUGACGUGAUUUUGAAGAGGAAAAACGGCGGGGGAAUCGUGGUGACCAAGGCAAUGGGCCUCACCCUGACAAAGAUCGACGAAAAAAUGAUUCGGUCCAUUCUGCAAGGGUACAAAAUUCACAACUGCGACAUAAUGAUGCGGCAAGACAUCACGGUCGACCAAUUUAUCGACGUCGUGCUCGGCAACCGCAAAUACGUCCCGUGCCUCUACGUGUACAAUAAAAUCGACCGCAUUAGCAUGGAGGAAAUGGACAAGCUCGCUCACCAGCCGCAGAGCGUUGUGAUUUCCGCAGAGCUGCGCUUGAACUUAGACUACCUGAUCGAGCGGAUUUGGGAAGACCUCGAUUUGCAUCGGAUAUAUACCAAGAAACGCGGCGAGCACCCGGACUUGUCGGACCCUAUUGUUGUGCGGCGUGGCGCAACGAUCGAGCAUGUGGUACGUAUUUUGCAAGUACUCACCGCAGUGUCAUGGUGUGCAUCGCGCACUUGUGGACAAGUUUGCCUAGUACGUAUAUCUGCAGUCACUGACGCCAGCGCUUUGGUGUAUGGCAAGUCAAGCAAGUACGUGUGCUUUGAUCACUUACCCAGAUUUUUGUCUGCGCAAAAGGUCGGGCUCAAUCAUGUGGUCGCAAACGACGACGUAGUCACAAUUUUCACACGUGCGUACAUCCUCGGCGCUUACCUUGUUGCGGUUGUCGCAUGGCUCGUCUCGCGCGAUCCCGAAUGGCAAACCGACGCGCUGCUCAAGGCACUCGACUACAAGCUCUCCGAUCUCGGUUUAGACACGUUGAAGUACAAUUUUGUGUUGCCAAAAGAUAUUAGGUUGCAACUGGGAAACAUAUUAUCUUCGUCGCACAACUGGUUCGAGACGCUUGACUUCAAAAUUGGCCGCGAACUGGCCGAAGCAGGCGCAAAACCCGAGCACCCGGUGAUCCUCUUGCCUGGGAUCAUUAGCACCGGCCUUGAAUCCUGGACAAGUAAGGGACAUAGCGCCAAAUACUUUCGCGAGCGGCUCUGGGCGGGGAACUCGAUGAUCAAAAUGGUCCUUUUCGACAAGGACAGAUGGGUGCGCCAUUUAAAACUCGAUCCCAAGACAGGGUUAGACCCAUCGGGUGUGCAUGUACGCGCAGCAAAAGGGCUUGAUGCUGCGAGCUACUUUGCCGCUGGCUACUGGAUUUGGAGCAAGUCACUCACGCAGAUUAUCCAAAACUUGGCCGCGGUAGGCUACGAUAUAAAUAAAAUUUACCUGGCGAGCUAUGAUUGGCGUCUGAGCAUGUACAAUCUGGAAAUCCGCGAUCAUUUUUAUUCCGAGCUCAAGUCGCGAUUUGAGCUGAACCUCGCCGUGACGGGGAAAAAGACUGUGUUUGUCUCGCACAGUAUGGGUGCCACUGUCGCGCUUUACUUUUUUAAAUGGAUUGAGGAGGAGGUUGGCUCUGAGUGGAUCGAAAAACACGUGGAGUCGCUUGUCAGCAUCUCGGGCACCUGGCUCGGCGUGCCAAAGGCCGUUGCUGCUUUGUUCACCGGCGAGAUGCGCGACACGGUCGAAGUACCUCGCAUUAUCGAGUACUUACUUGAGCACUUUUUCAGCUCGCACGAGCGCGCCAACCUAUUCCGUUCCUGGGCUGGCAGCUCGAGCCUGCUGAUCAAGGGCGGCGACCUCGUGUGGGGCAACGAGCAUGGCGCGCCGGACGACCAUGCUAAUGCCUCCGUGACGCAAGGUAAUUUGCUGGAGUAUGCCGCCCGGGGCAAUGUAUCCGAGGAUCUGGACGUUACGGAGGCGUCGCAGUCUGUCCAAAGCCGCAAAUUUACCACAGAUGCGACGCUGCCUUUAAUACUACAGCAUACUCCGAUCGAGUACCAGAAUAUGAUUGCCACAAACUACUCGUUUGGCUUUGAAAAGGACGCAAAGCAAAUUCAGCGUAACAACAAGGAUCCGCGCAAGUGGACCAACCCGCUGGAAGUCCAACUUCCGAAUGCACCCAGCAUGAAAAUCUACUGCAUUUAUGGCUGGGGCAAGUCGACAGAACGAUCCUACUGGAUGCGCGCCGUCGAUGCAAAGUAUUCUGUUGACACUGAUGGCAUGAAUUUUACGGACCCGCUGGACAAUGCUAAUAGCGCCAACCAAACAGUCUACUUUCCCCAGAUGGAAGAAAGUCGCAUCGAUUCGCGCAUAAACUUCGAGAAUGGCGAGCCGGUCGUCAAUUCCGGAUGCCGUAUGGGUGAGGGUGAUGGCACUGUUGCGCUUCUCUCGCUCGGCGCGAUGUGUGUCGAGGGCUGGAAAAGAAAGCGGUACAAUCCAGCUGGAAUUGAGAUCAUUACGCACGAAGUGAAACACGAGCCCGACGUGCUGGAUAUUCGCGGUGGACCGUCCACGGCUGAUCAUGUGGAUAUUUUGGGUAAUGCUGCGGUGAACGAGAUGAUCCUCAAUGUAGCGACAGGCAGGGGUCAUUUGGUCAAGGAGCACAUUGGCUCGCCGAUCCGCGAAUUUGCAGACAACAUUGCGUGGGACUAA